GCGGCGCUGUCGCUAGGGAGCGGCGGGCUGGGCGAGCACAGCCCCGGGAGAAGCCCAGGCUGUUUGUUCCCGUAACCCGGGAGAGGGGACGCACACAGUCGGGCGCGCGGACACACACGCAAGCGCACGCACGCUCGCGGCGAGUUCGAGCCCCGCCGCCCCCUGACCGCCCGAGGGCGUCCCCCGCGCCGCGCCUGGCGGAGCAGCACCCGCCUCCUGGUUCCUGCUGCUGCCGCCCAGAGGAGAGAGGAACCUGCAACCUCUGCCUCGAAUUUCCCCCGGCGCGGCGGGCUGCGGAGAGCGGCGGAGGUGGGCGUGGGGAGGGGAACGCGAUGAAUGAGUUCUCCCCUCGUCUCGGAGUUGACUGAGUUGGCGGCGCCGCGCCCGGGCUUCCGGCUCUCGGCGCCCCAAGCUCUCGCGGCUCCCGGGGCUGUAGCCCACGCCCGCGGCCCGGGCUCUGCCCGCCGCGUCUGGGGAGCCGAGGCUCCCGAGCUCCUGUCCCGGCUCCAGUCCGGGGGAAAAAGGAGGGCUGUCCCCUGGCUGAGGCGCACGGCCGCGCGAUUUUCCCGCACUCUCCCCGGCCCCAUCUGUGUCUCCAUGGCGUCUCAUCAGCAAUCACGGAUCCAGGCUUACCUGGAGAAGAACAAGAUAGGUCCCCUGUUUGAGGAAUUAAUGACCAAAUUAAUAACUGAAACGCCUGACCAGCCAAUCCCAUUUCUCAUUGACCAUCUUCAGUCUAAACAAGGAAACCAUGGACAACUUCAAAGAACUUUAUCUGGAUCUGCAGCUCUCUGGGCAGAAAGUGAAACAUCAGAACAUAAAGGAACAAGAAGGGAUUUCAGAAGUUAUGAUAAGCCUUGGCAAUUAAGUGCAAAGAAGCCUAAAAAGUCAAAAAGUGACCUUGCUGUGUCUAACAUUUCCCCACCAUCACCAGAAUCCAAAUCAUUGCCAAGGUCAGUAGAUCAUCCUAAGUGGAACUGGCGAAUUAAACCACAAAGCCGUGAUUUUGAUGAAUUGAACCACAUCCUUCAAGAGAGCAAGAAGCUGGGAAAAGCCCUUGAGAAUCUCUCUCGAAGUAUUGCAAUUUCAGAUGAACUCGAUAAGGAAACAGUGGCAUUUAAUUCUUCUCUUCUGAGACCCCGUGUGAUUGGAGAAUGGAUUGGUCGAGAAGAGAAUGAUGCUGACCCACUGGCUGCUGAAAUGCUCCAGCCCCCAGUUCCAAGAAGUAAAAAUGAACAAUGGGAAAAUGAAGAUAAUAGCUGUAGCCCUGCAGGAAGCUUAAAGGUGGAGCCCAAGACUAAAGGAUUAAAACAGCAGCAACAGCAACAUAAGAAACUUCUGGCAGCAAUGCUCUCUCAAGAUUCUUUUGAGUCUCUCCACAGCCCUACCCCAUCUGUAACAGAAGAAGAUAUUGAUAAUGAAGAUGAUGCAAUGGAAUUGCUGGAGGAUCUUGAUGAUUUAAGAAUGGAGGGAGUAACUACCCUUGUACCUUCUGGGAGCAAAUUUAACCAAGCUCGUGCUACUCACCCUGCUGAACCUCAGGCCAAGGUCACACUGAACAUCUGUUCAAGGUGUGCCAGGCUUCAAGGAGACAACCUGGCAGAAAGGACAGAGGAGACAUCGCAAGCACUGCAUUCUCCAGAUGAAAUAGUCCCAGAUUCUUUGGAUUCUUUACCCGGGACUGAAGAAGCACUAAUGGAAGAGGGUGAAGAAUUUGAGAAAGCAUCUAAAUUAGCAAGACAUGGAGAAGUCUCCAGUGGAGGACAGUCACUGAAAAACUACGCGGAAGAAGAUGAAUCCUUAAAGCAAUUGCAAGUAGUUCAUCAGCCGUGGAUCUUGCCAAGUGACACAGAAAGUGAAGGAGUCGAAGCAGAACAAGAUAAACGUUCUGCUGAUCUUCUCCUUUGUGUUCCAUGCUCUUCUUGUCCUACCCUGGUCUACUCUGGUAUGUUUGCUCAGGGCAUUUAA